UUUUUAUUUGAUAGUAGCACACGGCAUAAAAUAUACGCGACGAGGUUUUCUGUCAGCGAACUAUAGGUCGCGUGCGUUCUCAUCGAAUUUAUCGAAGUAUACGGGAAAACGUAUCUGUAAACGUUGCGAAGGACCUUUAUUUCGUUGCAUUUUGUAGAAUACGAUAUUUGUAAACAGUGAGGAUGAGUUCGGGUUUUAUAUCGGAAGCCGAAAUCGCCGAACAACGACGAAUGCGGCAGGAGGAAUGGGAACGAGUGCGGACUGCCGAUCAACCUUUAGAAGCGCCAGAGGAACCUUACGAUCCUAGAUCAUUAUACGAAAGAUUACAAGAACAGAAAAAUAAAAGGGAUAUAGAAUAUGAAGAAGCUCAUAAAUUAAAGAAUAUGAUCAAAGGAUUAGAUGAUGAUGAAGUAGAGUUUUUGGAUUUAGUUGAUAGAACCAAGAUGGAAGAAGAACGUAAAAAGAAUCUUGAAGAAGAAAAAGAAAUGCGUGACUUUAAAGCUGCAGUUGCUUCUCUUCAGGAACAGAAAUUAAAUGAAAAAUUAAAACAAGAAUUGAAAACUCCACCUGUCACCAGUAAAAAUAUCGCUUGUGGAAGUAGUCGUACUUCACAAUUAAAGUUACCUGUUGGUGUUAUAUUGAAACGAUCUGACAAGCAAAAACAAGGAGAAGCAUUUAAAGGAAUAAAAAGGAAAUUAUCUCCAUCUAAAGAUGAUCCUGAUAUUAACAAAAAGAAAGAAUCACAUUCGUCUUGUGAGUCAGUAGCGGAUACCUCUAAUCCUGAAUCAGAUGAACAAAAGAUUAUGCCAAAUCAAAUAAACAGCAGUAACGAAUAUAGUGGACUCAAAUGUAUUGGUAUAUUACCUGGUCUUGGAACAUAUGAUAAUUCUAGUGACAGUGAUUGUAGUUCCGAUACAGAUCAAGAAACAGAACCAAAUCCUUCCGUAUAUGAUAUGUUAGGUCGAAAAAUAAAAUCAUUAAAAGAUAAAGAGAAAAGCUGAAUGAUAUGUAUAAAUACAUCCAUAUAUAUAUUGUAUGAAUGUAUGUAUGACAAGAUAAUAUUUGUGAAUAUAGAAAGAAAGAAAAUUAUUGUAUCGCAAUUUAUUAUGUUCAAAAGUAUAAUAUGUCUACUAUGUAGCAAGUAUACUGCCUAAUCU